AUGUCUGAGAAGUUUGUUCAUGAUGUUUUGAAUCAUGGUGAACAUUUUUCUGCGUUUCGUGUUAAUACUUUAAUCACCGCUGAUGAAUUGAAGCAUUUUUACUGUAAGCAGUGGAGGUCUUUGUCCCCUUUGAGUAUACGUUUUUCCUAUAUGGAUACUAAUCAAGUAGUUUUUAUACAAGGUGAUAUACAACUUCAAAGUUUAGUUGCUCUUGUUAUUCAGAUGAACAAUGAAGAUUUCUAUUUGAAUGUUGAUGUGAUUCCGAAGCAUACUGGUUGUAGCACUAGUUCAAGGUAUUUGUCUCGUUCUAACUCUGGUUGUAGCAGUAGUUCUGGUGCUAGUACUUCAAACUCUUGUGUAAGUGAAAGUCCUAAGCUUGUAAGGAUGGUCGAUCAUGACGCGGACAAGGCCAAGCCUCUCAUUAUCGAUGAAUGGCGUUAUGUUUUUGACAAUAUUGGUAGAGAAUUUGUGGGUGGUGUUAAAGCUGUAAGGAUUUCCGUUGAUCAAUACAAGAUGUGUACUGGUUACAAGAUUCUUAUUCUUAAAAACGAAAAGACUCGUUUUACUGCGAAGUGCGAAGAAGAUGGUUGUGAUUUUUUUUAUGGCUGUGGUGUUGGUUUGAAGUUGAAGAGUCCUGUGGUGACAACCAAAGGGAAAGAAGCUGUAUUUGAAGAUCAAUAUGGUGACGAUGAGAAGUCUUAUAGCGAUUUAAAUUGGUAUGUGAAAGCCAUUGAGCAAACUAAUCCUGAUAGCUUUGUGAAACUUGAAGCUGAUGAAGAAACUGGAAGAUUUAAGCGGAUUUUCAUCUGUUUCGGUGCUUGCAAGCAUAGCUAUAGGUAUUUCAGGCCCAUGAUUUACUUGGACGCUACUUUCUUCAUUGGUAGCUUCAGGCGUACUUUGAUGGCUGCAACAUGUGUCAAUGGAAAUGAUGGCUUUUACCCAUAUGCCUUUGCUAUUGUUUUAUCUGAAAACAAAGACAAUUGUUGUUUCUUUUACCACAUCAAGUGCAAUCUCCCUAUUGGAAAAGGUGAUGCGAAUUACAAUGCCGUUAUUGAUUUGUUUUACAAAGUUGCUUACUCUUACACAUCAGCGAACUUUGAAGAAGCUUUGCGGGGCAUGCAUGCAAUUGGUUGUGGAAAUGUUGCUAAUUAUCUCAGGACCAUUCCAAAGGAGAAAUGGGCAAAUGCAUUUUUCCCUGUAUGCAGAUAUGCUGCUCACUCUUCAUCUAUUGCCGAGUCAUUCAAUAACUGGAUUCUUGAGUUCAAAAAGCUGCCUGAUUUUGCUCUUCUCGAUGCGAUACGUUUGAAGGUUAUGCAUAUGAAUUCUAAGAGAAGUGUAGAAGGUCUUGAAAAUUUUAACACUAGGCUCACUCCCGUAUAUGAGGAUUUACUAAACGAGAACAUCAACGUUGGUCGUACUUGGAUUGUUGUUGAGUCUAUGGAAAGAUUGUAUGAAGUAAGGUCUCCCCGCACUCAUUCUGUAGAUCUGUUGGAUAGAACUUGUACAUGUCACAGGUGGCAAGUAAAUGGUUUUCCCUGCGCACAUGCUUGUGCUGCCAUUCAAUCUACAAGGGAGGACAUCUAUUCAUUUGUUGAGCCAUACUUCACCACUGAAUGGUACAACAGGACAUACCAAGAUAUCAUCUUUCCAAUCCCCAAUUAUGACAAGCCACAGUAUUAUGAUCCUAGUGAUAGGAUUAUUGUUCCUAUUCCCGUGCCUCCACCCGGUAGACGAAGAGAACAGCGUUUCAAGAAGGCUUGGGAGAAGCAAAACAGGCCUAUGAUGUGCAAAAAGUGCUUCACUCUUGGUCAUCACAACAGAGCUACCUGCCCCAUGCCUUGA